AUGCGAUUCAUUAUUCUUGUUUCAUCUAUAUUCUUCUUGGCUUUGACUUCAUUUGCAAAACCAACGGUAAAACGUGAUAAUCGAAUCACAUUUACGAUUUUCAACAAUUGUGAUGAAGGCGUUCAACCAAUCUUUGAUCCUUCUCUUCCGGGACGUGAAUUCACCGGUCAAAAUGUAAUCAAACCAGGUAAACACAGUGAAAUUCAUUUCACUUCAGACAAUUAUCGUGGUUCAAUUUAUACACGUAUCAAGGGUAGUAGACAAGACGGUCAAUUUAAUACAACUCAUGGUCAAUUUGAUAUUGGAACAGGUAAAUAUGCGAUCAGCAUUGCUAAUGGAUUCAACGUACCGUUAAGGUUGCAAUUACAAGGCAAACAAGAACCAGGUCCAGAUGGUACAACACAAUGCGAUUCAGCAUUUUGUGAAUGCAAACACUGCAAAGACGCUUUCCAUCAUCAACCCGGCUUGCUUACUCCAAAAGCAAGCGAAGAACCAUGUACUCGUCCUGUACAUGAAUGUCCACCUGAUUUCACCUAUUGGGUCGUUCAUUUUUGUUAA